AUGGCAUCCAAUAAUGCCAAAUACAACACAACCAAGCCCCUGAAUAACCUUUCUGCCUCCGAUUCAAACACAGACGAUGUUGACAUCGGUCGGUAUGGCCCAUUAUCCCACAUCAACACCGCCGAAAGUCGUCUUCCAGCAUUCGGUGGCGAAUUCCAACCAGGUCUAUACAAGAAUCCCAAGAACCGCAAGGUCGCGAAUCCCGCCCCGUUGGGACUGUGCGGCUUCGCCUUGACGACUUUUGUCCUGGGAUGUGUCCAGAUGGAUGUGCGCGGUGUGAAUAAGCCUAAUAUGAUCGUUGGCCCUGCCUUGGCAUAUGGUGGAUUAGUUCAACUUCUUGCUGGAAUGUGGGAAAUGGCCAUUGGGAAUACAUUCGGUGCCACUGUGCUCUCCUCGUAUGGAGGAUUCUGGAUGUCUCUUGCGAUUACUUUCAUCCCGGGUGGAUUCAAUAUUGAAGGAGCUCUCAUUGAAGCCGACAAUGGCUCGCCGAUUAUGUUUUACAAUGCAUUUGCGAUAUACCUAAUGGUUUGCCUCUCCUAUGACCUACUAGGCUGGUUCAUCUUUACCUUCCUGAUUAUGUUAUGCACGGUUAAAUCCACCGUGGCAUUCUUCUCUCUCUUCUUCUUUGUCGACCUUGCUAUCCUACUCAUUGCUCUGGGGUACUUUUCCCGACCGUGGAAGGACUUCCAAACUCCAAGCUUCUUGAAGCUGGUGGAUUAUAGCAGUAACAGCUUCUUCCUUGUCCCUGUUAUUCACUUCCCGUGGUCGGAAAAGAAGCGAAAUGAGAGAAGGGCUAGCAAGCAGGACAGCAGCAAUGCUUAA